AUGAGUGUCACGUCAUUCCUGUCAGUGAGCAUGUCAGCCAACAUGUUUCUGAUUGUCCUCUUUGUGCCAGGUGCUGUGACUGAAUGUCCUAAAUGGACACAUCUCUUCAUCUCUACACCUCAGAGGAUGGAAGCUCUGAGUGGAUCUUGUUUGCUGAUCCCGUGUAACUUCAGCAGUAGUGGGAAUACUGAGUUUGUCAAAACAAGAGAAAUAUUUGGACAGUGGUAUAAAGAAAACCAUCCUACAUUCAGACCAAGCAAUGUGGUUUUUAACAGUAGUGGGACAGUUCUCAAAUAUCCAAUCAGCAUAACUGGAGACCUGAAGGAGAAUGACUGCACCACUCUGUUCUCCAACGUAAAUGCAACAUUUAACGGCAUUUACUACUUCAGAAUCAUGAACUGGCCAUUCAUGGCAGCAGCUAUAUGUGAUCCUCUGAACAUAACAGUGAGAGAUUCUCCUCGGAGCCCCAGAAUAGAGAUCCCAGGAGACCUGAAGGAGGAGGAGUCUGUCACUAUAACCUGCUCAGCUCUCACUCCCUGUCCACACUCUCCUCCUAAACUCACCCUGAGUCUCCAAAGAGACUCUUUCAGCAACACAGAGGAAAACACAGAUGGAACCUUUACAACUAAAAUCCAGGAGAGCAUCACUCUGUCAGACCACCAUGAUGGAUACAACAUCACCUGUUCUGCCACAUAUCCUGGUAAUGAAGGCGGAGCUGUGAGGACACCAGAGGAGACAAAGACUCUCAGUGUUUCAUAUGCUCCUAAAAACACCUCAGUGUCCAUCAGUCCAUCAGAUUUGGUGUCAGCAGGUACCCUGGUUGACCUGACCUGCUCCAGCAGAGCCAAGCCUCCUGUCAGCAGGUUCACCUGGUUCAGGAUCAGCAACAACAGAACUGUGAUCGUAUCUGAAGGAGAGUUUUACAGCUUUAAUGUGACUGAAGGAGGAGUUUAUUACUGUGUGGCCACAAAUUAUCUUGGUGAAGGAAAGUCCUCAGAUAUCCACCUGCAUAUCAAAGCAGUGAGCUCUUUUCGCUCUCUUCUGUGGGGUUCAGCUGUCGGAGGGAUCGUUGUUCUCCUCAUCUGCCUUGCUGUGUGUGUGUGGCGGAUUAAGUCAAAGCAUCAUCCUCCACAGACUCAGAGUCAAAGAGAUGAUAUGCUGACUCUUCAACAGCCAGCAAGCCAAUCAGAGGACACCAUCCAUUAUGGAGAGAUCCACUUCUCUGUGAGGAGACCUGAACCUCUCUCUGUCUUGGUGCAGGACAGUGGACAGGAACAGGAACAGGACUCAGUGUACUGAAGUAUCUGAUAGUUAAUAAGUAACUGACGUAAAACAAGUCAAGGAGAAACCUAUGUUCUCCCAGACUUUCAAGGAAAUUAGAUUGAGACCCCCUUCCAAUUUAGCGACAUGCAUGGAUAAGUUUUGUAACCCUAAGGCUAGCAGAGCCCAGGAGGGUAAAAUAGAUAACUAGAGAUCAAGAUAAGU